AUGCGCUUUAUUCGGGCGGCGACAGCGCGUCCCGCGUCGCGGGGCUGGAACGGGACGUCGAUAAAUCAGGUGCGCGGCAGUGGAGAGACGCUCGUAUAUCGGCCAAAGGGCCCACAAUGGCCCCGGGCUGACACGAUGACACUGACGCAAUUGCUCGCAUGCGCCGUCCGCCGUCACACCGAUGGCCGACAACGAUGCGAGUCGCUCAGCGCCAUCCAGGAGUACCCAACACGAUUUGCA